AUGCCGGAUCAGAUAUCGGUAUCCGAGUUCCUCUCGGAGACCACCGAGGAUUACAAUUCGCCCACCACGUCCAGCUUCACCACCCGGCUGCAAAGCUGCAGGAACACCGUCAACGUUCUGGAGGAGGCAUUGGAUCAGGACAGGACUUCGCUGCAGAAGGUGAAGAAAUCCGUCAAGGCCAUCUACAAUUCGGGACAAGAUCACGUCCAAAAUGAGGAAAACUACGCCCAGGCUCUGGACAAAUUCGGCAGCAACUUCAUCAGCCGGGACAAUCCCGACCUGGGCACGGCCUUCGUCAAGUUUUCCUCACUCACCAAAGAGCUGUCGGCCCUACUGAAGAACCUGCUCCAAAGCCUGAGCCACAAUGUGAUCUUCACCUUGGACUCGCUGCUCAAGGGAGACUUGAAGGGCGUGAAAGGGGACAUAAAGAAGCCCUUCGACAAGGCGUGGAAGGACUAUGAAGCCAAAUUCACCAAAAUUGAGAAGGAGAAACGGGAGCACGCCAAGCAACACGGGAUGAUCCGCACUGAGAUCACCGGAGCUGAAAUCGCUGAGGAGAUGGAAAAGGAGCGUCGACUCUUCCAGCUCCAGAUGUGCGAGUACCUCAUCAAAGUGAACGAGAUCAAGACCAAGAAAGGGGUGGAUCUCCUCCAGAACCUGAUUAAGUAUUACCAUGCGCAGUGCAAUUUCUUCCAGGACGGCUUGAAGACAGCCGACAAACUGAAGCAGUACAUCGAGAAGCUAGCAGCCGACCUCUACAACAUCAAACAAACCCAGGACGAAGAAAAGAAGCAGCUAACCGCCUUGCGCGACCUCAUCAAAUCUUCCCUCCAACUGGACCAGAAAGAGUCUAGAAGAGACUCCCAGAGUAAGCAAGGCGGCUACAGCAUGCAUCAGCUACAAGGCAACAAAGAGUUCGGAAGCGAGAAGAAAGGAUACUUGCUGAAGAAGAGCGACGGGCUGAGAAAGGUGUGGCAGCGAAGGCAGUGCUCGGUGAAGGGGGGCAUCCUCACCAUCUCUCACGCCACAUCCAACAGGCAACCUGUGAAACUCAACCUUCUCACCUGCCAAGUGAAACCUAGUGCUGAGGACCGAAAGUGUUUUGACCUCAUUUCUCAUAACCGGACGUAUCAUUUCCAAGCUGAGGACGAGCAAGAAUUUGUCAUCUGGAUUUCAGUGCUGACAAACAGCAAGGAGGAAGCUCUGAAUAUGGCGUUCCGUGGCGAGCAGAGCAGCGGCGGCGAGGACGGCCUGGAGGACUUGACCAAAGCCAUCAUUGAGGACGUGCUGCGCAUGCCGGGCAACGAGCUCUGCUGUGACUGUGGCGCCGCAGAUCCAAAAUGGCUGUCUACCAACUUGGGCAUCCUCACCUGCAUCGAGUGCUCCGGAAUCCACCGGGAAAUGGGCGUGCACAUCUCCCGCAUCCAGUCCAUGGAGCUGGACAAGCUUGGAACUUCAGAACUCUUGCUGGCCAAGAACGUUGGGAACAGCAGCUUCAAUGAAAUCAUGGAAGGGAACCUACCUUCCCCUUCACCUAAGCCCACCCCUUCCAGUGACAUGACGGUGAGGAAGGAGUUCAUUAACGCCAAGUACGUGGACCACAAGUACGCCAGGAAGACGUGCUCGUCGGCGGCCGCCAAGAUGAUCGAGUUGUACGAAGCCGUCAGGUCACGCGACCUGCUGGCACUCAUCCAGGUUUACGCUGAGGGGGUGGAGCUUAUGGAACCGCUGCCAGAGGCGGGGCCGGAAGCAGGCGAAACAGCACUGCACUACUCAGUCCGGACGGCCGACCAGACCUCACUACACCUUGUCGACUUCCUGGUACAAAACAGUGGCAACCUGGACAAGCAGACUGAAUGGGGCAACACGGCCCUCCAUUACUGCUGCAUGUACGAGAAGCCCGAGUGCCUCAAGUUGCUCCUCAGGGGCAAACCGGCCACCGACAUCACUAAUCAGAACGGCGAGACCGCGCUGGACGUCGCCAGGCGUCUGAGGAACGCUCCGUGCGAGGAAGCGUUGGUUCAAGCGGCCGAGGGGAAAUUCAACCCUCACAUCCACGUGGAGUACGAGUGGAGCCUACGCUUGGAGGAAAUGGAUGAAAGCGACGACGACCUGGACGAUAAACCCAGUCCCAUCAAGAAGGACCGGUCGCCACGACCGCAGAGCUUCUGCCACUCGUCCAGCCUGUCGCCGCACGACAAGCUGUCGCUGCCGGGCUUCAUCAGCCAGCGCGACAAGCAGCAGCGUCUCUCCUACAGCGCCUUCACCAACCAGAUGUACAGCGCCUCCACCGACCUCACGUCCUCGCCCGUGGCCGACGGACCCCCGCUGCCGCCUAGGAACCAGGGAAAAGCUCCUCCGACCCCGUGCAGCCCCACCUCUCCACUCUCGGCGGGAGGCAGCGCCACCCUGUCCAAGAAGAGGCCGCCGCCCCCGCCGCCCGGCCACAAACGCACCCUGUCCGACCCGCCCAGCCCGCUCUGUCACGGCAGAGGCGGCCUGUCCGGGGGAAGCGACUCCACGCCGCCUCCUGUCAACAAGAUGUCGCCCGUCUCCAACAAGUUUGAAGGCAUUCCGCAGCAGCAAAGUACGACUUCAAGCAACACAAAGUCCACACUUGGUCCAAGGGUUCUUCCCAAACUACCUCAGAAAGUGGCAUUGCGCAAGAUCGACACCAUCCACCACCCCUCGGUGGACAAAGCCGGCCUCCCUCCGGAGGUCUUCCAGAAGUCGCCGCCGGGCACGGACGGCCCGCAGAAGGCAGCAGCCCCGGAGCGGCCCCAGCCGGGCGACCCGCCCCCCAAGCCCCAGCCGUCCGAGCUGCCCCCCAAGCCGGGGGAGCUCCCGCCCAAGCCGCAGCUGUCAGAGCUGCCGCCUAAACCGCUGCUGGGCGACCUGCCGCCCAAACCGCAGCUCAAAGACCUGCCGCCCAAGCCGCACCUAGGCGAAGCGCCGCCCAGGCCAGGGCCCAGCGAGUCGGCACCGCGCCCGCCGGGGGAGGCGCCGGCCAGGCCUCAGACGCAGCCGCCACCGCCGCCGUCUCAACCGCAGCCGCCGGACUCGCCUUCGCCUGGUCUGCCAGGGCCCCCGCCUCCGCUCCAACAAGUGGCCGAGGACUCUGACGGGACGCCGCCCGGGACGUCUGAGACCCCCGUGCCCCUCCCCAGGAAAAUCAAUGCGGGUAAAAGCAAGGCGCGUCGCGUGAAGACCAUCUACGACUGCCAAGCGGACAACGACGACGAACUAACCUUCGCCGAGGGCGAGGUCAUCAUCGUCACGGGCGAGGAGGACCAGGAGUGGUGGAUCGGUCACAUUGAAGGCGAACCCGACCGCAAGGGCGUGUUCCCCAUGUCCUUCGUGCACAUCCUCAGCGACUGA